GUGCCUUAUGUUUUUACAAAUAAGUGUAGAAAUGAUAAGAAUUUAACUUUUAUUGCGAAAAAAAUUCUAUUGACUGUGUAUUGUUUAUCGAAACGUAACGUAUUGGCGCAGUUUGUCACGUGCUACAAAAUAUUGAACCACAUGUAACACGGUGUAUUAUCUCGGAUAGUGGAUCGCAAAAACAACAACCUUGCCCUUCCAAAUUACAUAACUCUUUGGGAGAAUUACGUAAAGCGGCUUAGCUAACUGUGUAAGCUGAAUGUAAAACUUACUGCAACAUGUCGACUCUGACCUGUUCUUUUUCUAACGCGUGGGGUGAUAAAAGGACUGGAUUAGAAACAACUCUUUUGAAGGGCCAUCUCAGGGAAUACCAGUACAUACACACACAGUACGAAAACUCAGGCAGACCACGUAAUUAUGCAGACUCUACCUCUGCUAUCAGUAGCGAACGAAAACCAAACACUGUGACAAUGGAUCAAUCUGGUGAAUACCCUCAUUCUCCAAACAGUAGCUCAGACACAAACUCUCCAAAUCCUACCUCCAACAUACCGACCUGCAUCGUGGCUCCCACAUCAAGCAACACGGACAAGGACCCGGCAAGUGAUAGCUCAAACCCUUAUAUACCGACGAGAAAACAGCGCGAAUUCAUCCCAGAGAAUAGGAAGGAUGACCACUAUUGGGAGAAAAGGAGGAAAAACAACGAAGCUGCAAGAAAAUCUAGAGAGAAACGAAGAUUUCAUGACGUGGUUUUAGAAAACAGGAUAAUGGAAUUAACACGAGAAAACUGUCAGAUCCGGAACGAGUUGUUUGCGAUCAAGAAACACUUUGGCAUACCUCUAAAUGAGACGUUCGAUAUGAGUGAAGAAAACAAAACAACUGCCACGAAAAGUAGGGAAAGAUCACUAUCACCCGUGUCAAACCAUCAUACGAACGCUUCUAUGAGUUACUUGGCAGCAGCUAGAGCGAGUGGAUCCAUUCUUCAUGGGUCUCAACCACCAACCAUGGUCCCCAUGCAAUCAUCCAUUCCGCUACCGAUCUCUUUACAAGGAAACUACAAUUCUAAAGGACCAAUGUCAUACUUUAUAGCAGCAGUGCCAUCGUCUGGAGCCCCAGAUAAUUAUCAAAGCCAGUUAUCAUCAAAUUCAAUUGGUUCAUCUCAUAUGCAAGAAAACCUCUUGCAGAACAACCCUAAGUCAUCGUCGGUUGAAGAUUUAGUUAUCAACAAUAGAAGACAAAUGUAUCUCUCAGGGGAAUCAAAUGAAACUCAGGGUCGUCAACUUCACUCCUCUCAAUCUACCUCACUUCCUUCACAAUAUUCACUAUCAAAUACGUCAGCAAACAUUCAUGCAGCAGCAGCAGCAGAAACUAAUCCCUCGUCUGUAAAGGAGGAAAAUAUCCUUCCUACAGAUUACACCUCAGAUGACCAUACCCAGGAUGAACCUUUAUCUCUGACCGUACGAAAACGCGGCGACAGUUUCUCAGGAAAUGAAAGCUCUGUAUCUUAUUCCUCCCCCGAUAGCCCUGUCUCACAAAGUCCACCAACGAUGGCAUUACCACAUAAGCUGCGACAUAAAGUACCAAUGGACUUUGGUGCCGCAUUCCAAAGUGCUGCAUUUGGUCCAGUGGUGAAUGGACUGACGCAAUUAUCUGAAAUAGCUCUUGCACAGUCAGGUCCACUGCCCCUUGUAAAGAAAUCCAAGCCCGACGAUUCGGAUUUGUCACCAAGAAGUGGUAGACUGAAUCAGAGGUCGUUGAUCGACCCGAAAUAUGCCGAAAGACGGCGCCGAAACAACGAAGCUGCACGAAGAUGUCGAGAGAAUAGAAAAAGCAUAACAAGAAUGAGGGAAGCCAAAUCGGAUUACUUGGAAACCGAGAACGGAAAACUCCGACAUGAAUUGGACACUUUACAGGACGAGAUGAAGCAACUGAAAGACAUGAUAGACAGAAAAAAGACAUUAAAAUCAGAAACACAAGAGGAGGAAAAUAUGGGGAACAAUAAGUAAAGCAUAUGUCGCAAGUUUUAAAAGAAAUGGGUAAAAUAAAAUAGAAAUUAAGAUUUACGUCAUCAAUUUUUGUAAUUUAUGUAUUUUUUUUCUUUAUUGAUAUUGACCUACACUUUCAGUAGAGUGCAUUGCAAUUGGCUUUUGUUUUUGUUAAAUUUCUUUUACCAUAAAUUUAUAUUUUUGGUGUUAACAUUUCAGAACUUUGUAAAAUUACACUGUUGCCGUGGUGUACUUUUCAAGCUACCCAUAAGACAGUUAUGUAAGCUUUGAAUAAAGUAUGUCACAAUGCCCUGGAUAAAGCGGCAGACCCUUGGAACGGAUACGUGUUUUGCGGGUAUAAAUUUAUGUAAAUCAGCGUUCUUAACUCUUGUUUUCAGGACAUAGCACAUUAAUUCUACAGACAAAUACAUUGUAGAUACGUAAAUCAAUUGUUAUUUAUCAAUCGGGUUAACACGAACCUAACCUACCUCUGAUGUGUCGGGUCCAAUUGUUUUUUUUCUGUGGAAUUAUGUUAGGUUGAAAUCAGGUUGAUGUAUUACGGGUGUAGCGUUGUACAUAUAUUUUUGACAGAUACUAGUAUGUUUUAUUGUGUGUAUGUGUGACUUUGUUUAUAUGGUUUUGGAGUAUAUACGAUUGUGGGCGGCAAGGCUUUGGAAAAUUACGCUAAAAUGCACUUUUUUGGUACAGUGUAUUUCAAUAUAUA